AUGACGGAUCCACUGACUGUCCUACAGGAAUCAGACACAGGUGACUUGUGUGAUACUGAGGAUGGAGAUAACGAAGACAGAGAGAGACAUGAGGAACUCCUCCAUGAUGGAGGGGGGCUGGAUGUGGCUAGGAUCCUAUAUGCAGGUUUAUCUAAUUUAAUAACAGAGGCAGUUGAAUACUUCCAUAAUCCAGAAGCUGCAGACAUAUUACUGGAUUUAAACACAGCUCAUAAUAAUCUACAUAUAUCAGAUGACAGGAAAACUGUAUCCUGGUCAGAUAUGGACCAGAAUCGCCCAGAAACACCAGAGAGAUUCACAGAUUAUUCUCAGGUGAUGAGCAGUCAGAGUUUCUCCUCGGGACGACAUUACUGGGAGUUGGAAGUCGGGAAAACAUUUUGUGGCAGUUUUGGGAUGUGUUACCCCAGUGUAGACAGGAAAGGAAGUAAUUCAUUGAUUGGGCGUAAUGACAAGUCCUGGGGUGCUAAAAUAGGUAUUUUCGAUGCUACUUUUGAAAACAAUAAAAAGAACAUCUUUUAUACCGGUAUCACCAAAACCAGAAUCAGGAUAUAUCUGGAUUAUGAGGCCGGGAGGAUCUCCUUUUAUGAUCUGUGUGACCCGAGCCGACACCUCCACACCUUCACCACCACCUUCACUGAGCCCCUCCAUGCCGGGGUAUGUGUAGAGCAAGGUUUUAUAAAGAUAUAUGGGGGGAUCCCGGAGAUGUGA